CUAAAACCCAGAAAAGGAAGCAGUUCUUGAAUCUUCGACAUUCUCAGUUGAAAACUCCUCCAUUUCAGUCGUUGAUUUCACUGCUACGUCCUUCUUUGAAUCUCUCUGAACCUUGCAACAUCUUCAUUUCUAAUCAGUCCAGGUUGUAAAAUUUCGAUGGAAAAGCCACUAAAAAGAACCAGAGAUGAGAACAGUGAUCUACCUACAGCAAUUGUUAAUCAGAUAUUUUCCUUCCUUCCCACGGUAAAUGCUGUCAGAACCACCAUUUUGUCUAAGGAAUGGGACCAAGUUUGGACAAAGUAUGAAAAUCUAGACUUUGACAGUGAAAGGGAUUUCAGGGAUGUUGAUGGCUUUGUUGCAUUAGUGAGCAGCGUACUCUACCUUCGUGAUUCAGUGGACAUACGUAAAUUUCGUCUUAACAUUGUGUUUCCCAAGCAUUUACCUUGCAUUGAUGAUUGGAUUUGCACUGCUGUUUGGCGUAAUGUUGUUGAGCUGGAUCUUCGUGUUAACUUUGGUCAAUGGGAAGGAUAUUUUUAUUAUCCUGAGCGCAUCUUUCGGUGUAAAACCCUUCAGGUUCUGAAACUGAACCUAUAUUACUGCCAGAUAACCUGUGAUCCUCCUACAUCGGGCUCUUUCCCAAGUCUCAAGUUGCUUCAUGUAUCAGUUAAGAAACCUGAGGAUGAAGCAAUGCAGAAGCUUUUCUCAUGCUGCCCUGUACUGGAGUGUUUGAUUAUAGAAGGAUCAAUGAGUACAUAUUCCAGUUUUAAGAUCUCCGCGCCAAAACUGAAGAUGUUGAUAAUAAGUUUGGAAUGUACAUGGAAGAAGUUUGACAUUUCUGUUGAUGCUCCAGAGCUUGAAAAGCUAUAUCUGAACUGGCCUGGUGUGACUGAGGGGGGUGCAAAACCCUUAGUCAAAGCCAAUAUCCCUUUCAGCCACUUAGAAAUAGAAGGACAACUUGAUCUUUCUAAGUUUCCAACGAAACUACUAGAUCAAGUUUCUGAUUUUAAAUCUGUAUAUCUGUCAGCUGAUUGCUUGGAGAUAUUGCGUCUUCCUGAUGAUCGGCAUCUUCCUUUUCUGCGUAAUGUGAGCCAAUUGAAGCUGGCUAUUUGUGGUCAUUGUUGCUGGAAAUUGCUAGCUGUUUUUCUGGACAGUGCACAUAGCCUUGAAGAUCUUGUCUUGGAAUAUAGAGCUCAAUGUCAUGCAAAAGUUGCAGAGACUCAAUGGAUACCACCAAGGGAUGUGCCUGUUUGUUUUUCAUCAAAUCUAAAGACUAUCUCCUUCAAGGGAUUCAAGGGAUUGCCUGCUGAGAUUGAAAUAAUAAGGUACCUGUUGCAGAAUGGUCAGCUAUUGGAGAAGAUGACAGUUUCCCCACAUAUUCGUCUCUCUUAUCUGAAUCAGGAGGAGUUAUAUGCACAGUUUAUGACGUUCCCCAGGGCAACAGCAUGCUACUUUGAGUUUAUGCAGAUGCAAGUAUAGGUUUAACAAGAAUCUCAGUUUAUUCCCUGUAUUUAGAAGCAGGGCAGCAUGCGUAAUCAAAGCUGAAGAAUUGUUCAUAAAGAUCUGUUGUGCUGAAGCCUAAACUUGGAAAUAUUUUUGGUACUCUUUCAAAAUGCAGAAAUACCUUGGUUUGAAACUACUCAUGGUUGUCUCUUGGUGUCUUAUAUGACCUUUUGCCUUCUACCCUG